UACCAUCAAAGAUUUCACCAAGCUAAUAUGUCCCACGUCCUGAGCAUAUUUAAGAAGUCUAAAUUUUGUAUGCUGAUCAUGAUCUUUCUCAGAUUCUUCUGAGAGGAGACUUAUUGGCCCUCAGUAGGGAUCACACUUGGCUAUGCAGCUAUGAUGGCGUGAACACAGAAGCUUGAGAAGUCAAACAUAUCGAACAAUAGAUUUGUCCUUCUAAUGGCUCAUUUCAUUACUUUUAUUAAAGUACUAACUAGUAUCAGUGCAACCAUCAGGAAAAAUGAAGAAUUUCCAAGAGGCUUAAGCAUUGGUGUAGUGAUAAGCUUAAUCCUAACUAUGGAGUCAAUGAAGACCAUCGAGCCCGACUACCGAAAAUCAAUAAAGUUCUUCAUGUUCUAUUGGUCUAUCUACCUAGGAAGUCUUUGAAUGUACUACCAAACCAUCAUCAUUGAGGAGGUUGUCACAUUUAUUGCCCUUUUCUACCUAGUUUUUGAAAUUUAUAAAGAGAAUUAUUAUCUGAGCGAUUCACUCACAGAGAUUUUCUACGACUUCCACAACGACCCAGUCAUCAUUUUUGAUGAUUUCAUGAAUAUCAAAUGAAACAAGAAUUUUCUAAUGUAUUUUGGAAAUCUAGUUAGCUGUGAGAAGAUAAGACACCAUUCUCAGAUGCUCACCAAGAUUCUUAACCCCCAGAAAAGAAUAUUUGAGCUCAAGAAGGACGGAGUGGUUAAGCUCUCUUUACUUGAUAUUUUUACUAAGUUAAAAAAUUCAAUGAACCAGAAAGAGGUUAUAGUAAGAGAUAAGGGCGAAGAGAAAAUUUUUAUGCUUACUAUCUAUAAGCUUGAGAAUUUGUAUCACUCAAAAGUCAUUUGUACUUUAAAGGAUACUACUAAUAUCCAUCAGCUAAACCAGGCAAAAUCUCAAGUUGAGUUCAGGUCUGUCAUUAUGGGGUGUCUCACUCAUGAGUUAAGGACUCCUGUGAACUGUGCUAUCUCCAUUCUUGACACUCUCCAGGAUUAUCUUCAUGACUCAAGCGAGGCAAGAAAGCUAAUGUCUAUCUGAAAGAGCACAAUUGAGCUUUUAAGGUCCCUCACCGAAGAUUUUAUUGAUUUCACAAGGUUUGAAAAUAACAAAGGACUUCCUAUCCAAAAGGAAGCGGUUGAUUUGAGUAAAUUCUUUGACGAUAUCGAAAAUAUUUUCGUGUUCCAAGCUGAAGAAAAAGGAAUAACCUUUGAGAUCAAUAUGGAUAAGUCUUUACCUUCGACAAUAAGAACAGACCCUAAAAGGCUGAAGCAAAUUAUCUUAAAUCUAUUGAGUAAUUCGUUCAAAUUCACUCAAAAAGGUAAGAUAGCUAUCAAUUUGUACUGAAAGAAGGCCAAUGUUGAUCAGGCGCGGCGAAGACUGGGAAGCAAUGAUAAUCAUGAAAUGACAAAGACGAUUAUUCGCCCUAAGAACCCACCUGCUACUAUUCAAGAAGUGUCCAUGCCAACAUUGAAAGGAUUGCUCAGGACGAAGACAGGUAUGUCGAAAUUCAGGCCUUCCUCGAACCAGAAGAAUUCAGAGAGUGAGAGCGAUCUCAGCGAAGAAUCUUUCCUAUAUAAAUUCCUUCAUAUCGAAGUUGUCGACACAGGAUGAGGAAUGGACAAAAAGAAUUUAAGCGAGUUAUUUACUAAGUUCAAAACAGGGAAUAAACAAGGUAUGAAUGCUAAUGGGCUCGGCCUAGGCUUGUAUCUUAGUAAAGAAAUCUCUGAGAAGCUAGGCGGAGAUAUAUCAUGUGACUCUAUCAGAGGAAAAGGCUCAACUUUUACCAUCAGGCUUCCCUUCGAUUCAUUAAAAGAAGUGAAAAGCAUUCUUAAUAAGUUCCAACCUUCAAAAUUCACCCACAAGGCAGAAUCUUCACCUUCAAUAGGAAUUGGAGAAGCUUUUUCAGAAUUUACUGCUAUAAACACACCGCUAGACGGUUUUGACCAGCAGUAUUCCAGCAAGCCUCUAAAGAAAAUUUUCAGCUUUGAUGAAGAGGAGAAAUCCUGAUAUACCUUCAAUAAAGGAAAUAGAAAGCGUGGAGGCUCGCUCCUUGGUAGUUCAAAGUCUAGCAAGAUAGACAGCUUCUUUACAGAACAACCUCAGAUCAAGAUUCAGCCCCUAAAGAAAUGUGAUUGAAAGAUCCUGGUGGUCGAUGACGUUCCUUUUAAUAUCUUAUCUAUCGAGAUGAUGAUUAAGAAUAAGUUUAACCUCGAAAUUGAGAAGGCAUUUAGUGGUGAAGAAGCUAUUGCUGCAGUCAAGAACAAGCUAAACACCCCCUGUUGCCAAGUCUUCCCAUUAAUUAUCAUGGAUUAUUACAUGCCACCUGGAAUCAACGGAGCAGAUACUGCGGCUAAGAUAAGAGAAAUUUUGGGAGAUAAAAAGUGAAAGAUUGUAUUAUUGACUGCCCAAAGAGAGGGAGAUUUCGAUUAUCAUAAGAGCAAUCAAUAUUUUGAUGGCUUCUUCUCAAAGCCUAUUAAAAUAGAAGAGAUAGAAGGACUGAUCAAUGAGGUAUAAUUCUA